CCCAGGCGCUCAGCCCGUUACACAGCAGCAGGAGCUCCGUCUGGAAAGCCAAACACGUAAUGGCAGCACCUAAAAAAGUCUGUGUGGUCGGCUCUGGUAACUGGGGCUCUGCCAUUGCCAAGAUUGUUGGUGCAAAUGCAGCCAAGUAUGACAAGUUUGACACCACCGUGAACAUGUGGGUGUUCGAGGAGACGGUGAACGGCCGUAAGCUCACAGAAAUCAUCAACACAGAUCAUGAAAAUGUGAAAUAUCUACCUGGUCACAAGCUGCCCCCCAACGUGGUGGCUGUUCCAGACUUGGCUGAGUCCGUGAAAGGAGCCGAUAUAUUGAUCUUCGUGGUUCCUCACCAGUUCAUCGUGAGAGUGUGUGAUACCAUCAAAGACCAUAUAAAGAAGGAUGCAGUUGGCAUGUCCCUCAUCAAGGGUGUGGAUGCAGGUCCAGAGGGUCUAAAGCUUAUCUCAGAAGUCAUCCGAGGGAAACUGGGCAUCACUGUGACGGUUCUCAUGGGCGCAAACAUUGCCAACGAGGUCGCUGAUGAGAAGUUCUGUGAAACAACUAUUGGGUGUAAAGACAAGACAUAUGGGCUGCUGCUGAAGGAGCUGAUGCAGACCACCAACUUCCGUGUGACUGUGGUGGAAGAGUCAGAUGUGGUGGAGAUCUGUGGGGCGCUUAAGAACAUUGUGGCAGUGGGAGCAGGUUUCUGCGAUGGUCUGGGAUUCGGCGACAACACCAAGGCAGCGGUGAUCCGUCUCGGCUUAAUGGAGAUGAUUGCUUUUGCCAAGGUCUUCUGCAUAAACUGUGCUGUAUCCCCUGCAACCUUCUUGGAGAGCUGUGGCAUUGCCGACCUCAUCACAACCUGCUACGGAGGCCGCAACCGCAAGAUUGGAGAGGCAUUUGCCAAAACAGGAAAGAGCAUUGAACAGUUGGAGAAUGAGCUGCUGAACGGGCAGAAGCUUCAGGGUCCCGCCACAGCAAGUGAAGUCCAUCAAAUCUUGAAACAGAAAAACAUGGUGGAAAAGUUUCCUCUUUUCACUGCUGUUUAUGAGAUCUGCUUCAACGGCCACCCAGUCACAGAGUUCAUCAAGUGUUUGCAAAACCACCCAGAACACAUGUAAAAGACUGAAAUGGGAAUUCAUGAAUGAAUGAAUGAAUGAAUGGAAGUUGGGACUUUUACACUAGAACUACUAUAUAACCACUGUGUUCAUAAGGAGGAGUUUGGGUAAAGUUGGGUCUGUUCCUGUAUUCUCUCCUCUUGACUUACUACACCAGCAGAGAAAAAAAAAUAGAAUCAGCCUGUCGUCCACCUACCUGAGCUGCUGACAGAGCCUUUAAUUGUGUUUCUGUUUUUACUGAUGGUUGCAUAAAUUUUCCAAGUCUUAAAAUGUUUUAAGACGUUGAGUGACUCUGUCUGAUAUAGGCUGAUAUUCUAACAAUGUCCAGAGUGUUGGGAAAUGUUACUAAACUCCUUGAAUAAAUGUGCCUUUUCACUCGUGUAUGUUUUCCAAAGGAAAACAGAGCACAGAACAAACAUCACUCCCUUGAGAAGUUUUUCAUAUGGACAUUAAAAAAUGUAACCACUAACUUUACAGGAAGCAUUUUGGAAUAAAUUAUUACAGUCUUA